GCGGGAUCCGGAUCUGACCGGUCGGGUUCUGGACCGGGUAUAAAGGUGCGAGAGGAGCCGGGACCCACUUCAUUCGCUUGAGAGAGAGACGCUGUGGUGUGCGUUAGUCUAUUUUCCGUCCGGACUUUUAAAAUCGCCAGUCAUGCCCAAGCGAAAGGCUGAAGGAGACUCCAAGGUGGAGAAGACAAAGGUGAAAGAUGAGCCACAAAGAAGGUCUGCACGGUUAUCUGCUCAGAAACCAGCCCCUCCCAAACCGGAAGCCAAACCCAAGAAAGCUGCCCCAAAGAAGGCUGAGAAGGCACCCAAAGGCAAGAAAGGAAAGGCAGAGUCUGGCAAAGACAGCAGCAAUGCUGCUGAAAACGGAGACUCUAAAUCUGAUCAGGCACAGAAGGCAGAGGGUGCUGGGGAUGCCAAGUGAGCAGUGUGACUUUUUGAUAACUGUGUAUCUCUGGUGACUGUACAGUUUGAAAUACUAUUUUUUAUCAAGUUUUAUAACGAUGCAGAAUUUUGUUUUACUUAUUAUUUUUAAGCUGUGUUGGCACAUGAUGCUUGGGGGGGCGGGGGGCAGUGGUCUAAUCAUCACCUUGGGUAAUAGCUGCUUCAAGUCUCCCUUCUCCAGUUGGUGUUUGCUCCAUGAAACCGGCACCAGAUUAGUUUUCCCUGUCCUUAUGGCAGGCAGCUAUUUGAGCCCUUAUAUAAACAAUCCCGGGGCAGGAAAACAAAGGGUAGGGUGGUUAUGUAUUAUUUUUAACGACUCGGCUGAUACAGGGGCUAAGCCGAGUACUUCCUUGACAAAAUGCUCUGAAUGUGAAGCUCCAACUCUCCUUAUCACUUUUAUCAGUUCCUAGUGAUUUGCAGUCUGAAAGUAUAGGGAGUUUGAAGUUGUUUUUAACAUGUUGUAGCUUGUGUCCUGCCUGAUUUGCAAUGACUGUAUUUGGGGGAAAAACAAUCUUAAAUAAAUUUGGAAUCUGUAUGGCUCCAUCCAA